CACAGCAUACAUAAUUGAAUUUUGGUCAGAACCUUGAACCUUUUCAAGGGUGUUUGGGUCAAAGAAAGGUUGAAUUGGACUACAUGCAUUGUACGAAUGUAAUCUUGUACACAUAUAACUUAAACUUGAGUAAAAUAAGGAAGGGAUAAGGGUGGAAUUUUCCACCCUUUUUCAGAAGGAGUGUAGAAUCCUCCCCUUGUCACUAGGGGAACCCUUGCACAUACAGUUGUGUAAAAUCCCUUUCGGGUUACUAACGAAGUUUUGUAGGCAAGGAGCUUGGUUCGAUCAAAACUGAAGUGCGGAUGCAGUUUAAACACGGGAUAGUAUUAUUUUUUUUUAAAUCUAUCAAUAAUUCCGUAAGAUUAUAAUUUACCGUGUGUCAGUCCGAAUAUUGAGCCAAUUAUUUAACAACCAAAUGGAUUCGAUCCAUCAGCCCUUGAUCACUUCAGUUCCUGAGAUUGUCCACAAAUUCAUGUCCUUCUUGCCAACGGACGACUUGCUGACCUGCACAUCCAUAAAUUUCGCGUGGGAAGGCGAAGCACGAAAACAUAUCCGCGCCAGGGGAGAAGUGGAACUAAGUAAUGCCAGUUUUCCAAACUACGUCGAGAUAAUGCAAGUCCGCUCCAAUUAUUUUGAACGUUUAAAAUUCGGCUGGAAACAUGAAAUCCAAUUCUCCGAGUUACUCUCCCAUUUAGAAAGAUUAGCUGUAAAUUAUACCGGCAAAUUGAAGCAGCUAGACGUCGCCAUCCCCUUUAAUGAAAUUACUGAUCUACACCGCUUAUUCCCAGUUUUGCAUCUUCUCGGAAAAAAUUUAAAAUCUCUUGGGCUGUGUUUAUUUGAUACGUACGGUCAAUUUGCACAUGAUGAGAAAAUGUCAGCGUUCUUUACAAACUUUGAUUUAAGUAACAUUUUACUUCCAACCAUUACGAAACUCACGAUACAUCCUUUCCAUUCGUACAAAAUAGACCGUAAACUUUACGCCCCGUUCUUGACCAAGCUUGCUCCAAUGUUUCCAAACGUGUCCGCGCUCUCGUAUUCAAAUCCGGAUGUCAGCGAGUUAGAAUCAUUUUUAAAUUCGAGCCCACCCCCAUUCCCGAAAUUGGUAUCGCUCGCGACAAAUUGUGACUUUUACGUUGGUGAGGUUUCCGUUGGUUUAAACCUGGGAUGGGAAUUCAUCAAGAAAUUUGAAUUUGACGCGUACUCAGAUGGCGUUACCUUUGAGAAAAGGUUUCUCCCAAAGCUUGCCCCCACAUUGGAAUUUCUCCACAUUAAUAAUCUUGACCGCGAGCCAAAUUCUUUGUUAAUUCCGAUAAUGCCAAGAUUGCGGGUUUUUGCUGUAACGUUUCGAGAGUGGAGGGGGUGCUAUUUUCGUUCACGGCUAAAAUUUGAAACCGCCGAUGUCGCCAAAGAAGUGAAGAUUGAGUACGAUAAGCAAUUUCCAUCCUUGGAAAAAAUUAGUGUGCGAUUUCAACAAAAGGUAAAAACAUUAGAAGGAAGAAAAAGUGGGUUUGAGGCUUCGGCAAGAUUUUUAUAUUGGUCUUUCCUCCCGAAGAAGGCCGCUGUGUGCGAAACCGUGCAUGAACUUGAUAUUCAAUUCCCGCCAAAGAGGAAAUUUAAAUUGGUUAAGCUUGACCUUGGUACGAGAGCGGGUUGCCCAUACGGCAAAUGUAAUCGGUUUGAUUGGGAGGACUCGAAAACAUUUUUGGACCGAGUGGCCGCAACUUUUCCAAAUGUGAAGUACCAUAUUUUGGAAGAGAGAAGGGGGAAAUUGCGACAGACCUUGAUGCAAAAGUGGAUACAAGAGGGAGUAAAUUUGGGAUUUUUGAAGACAAAAGAAGGGGAUGCUGGCUGGUGGAAAAUGAGUAAUGUUUUGCUUAAUGUUGAGGAUAAGGGAAAUGAUGGACCGUCCGAAACGAAUUAAAGACAGUGAGAUAAUUUACUACAGUUUGCAGAACAUUAAUUUAAAUAAGUAACUCAUACUUAUCUUCGUAAAACUCAAAUUUUCCUUAAUUUUGUUAUUUUACAAAGUUAGUAAUUGCGAAUAAUUAUAAAUGGUAGUUUAGGGAAGCUAAUAGAUUAGAUUUAAUUUUCAUAGUAGGUUAUUGGAGUUAUAACAUUUUGAAAAAUACACGAAAAUUACACAUAAUAUUAAUGACGUUGUAAUCAUUACAAUGAGUCUAUUCUAACAAUGUAAAGAGAAAUAGUAAAAUUCAGCGUAUGCCUAUUUUCGAAAACUUGAGAGUUGUUUCUCAUUGUUAACUUUCGCCAUGUGUAACUAAAAAAUUGCACUACUGGGCUCAAACUAAGUAAAUUUCAGCGAGUAAUUGGUCAGAGGAUUUGAUAAUUUUAUAUUAUGUCGGAAUGGAUGGAUUUAGCGGAUAUUAUACUUAUUGUAAAAAAAUCAUAUUCCGAAUAUGAAAAUUUUUUAUAACAAAAUGUAACUUUCGUGUGA